GAACGACAUUAUUAUAAGAGCAUGCGUUAACGCUAAUUUGCUUACACAGCUCUCGAUAUAUAUAAAAGAUUUCCUUGGUAGUUAAAGUGUAACCUAGGAUUUUCUUAAUGUUUUUCUGUUUAUAACUUAUAUAUUUUUUCUCCGUUCAAAGUGUGCUCGUCAUUGAAAAGCGCUUAUUUCCCACUUAACUGUUUAAAACACGUCUUUAAUUGAACCCUUGCGGUAGUCGUUGCGGUGAAGACUCCAUUUUCCCAUAAUGAAUUUUUUAUAUUAAAGAAAUUAAACUUGCAUUUUUUUUUCUUCGGCGUUACCCCCUCCACUCGCUCCGGUUCUUCUUAUUUAUGGCAUCUUUUGUUACCAAUUAAUUUGCUGGUUUGUUCAUCCCUUUUAAAUUGUGGUUUUCGGAAACUCCUAAAUCUCGUGAUGUUUAACAUUCGUUAAGACACCACCUCAUAAAUGCAUUUUAGUACUUUGCUCGUUAAAGCUGUUUUAAGUAUAUGAAACAGAUAUCAAGGCAUUAUCAAAGUCGAUGAUUUUGGGAUACAAAUCUCAUUAAUAACAGUUCAACUUUCCAUACUUAUAAAUUUUGCAUUGGAUCGUAAUUGUCUCUUGAUCUGUAGGCGUUUAAGCUCCCUGUCAGAGCGAAAAGGUUUUUACAGACAACAUAAGUUCAUUGUACAAUUUAUCUAAUACACGGAAUGGAAAGCGUAGUCAGAAAGGCAGACCUACAACUGCUGCCAUCUUUACCGAAAGAAGAAGACAAUGAUAUCUGUGAAGACAUCUCGCAAGAAACUGUCAUAAAAGGGAAAACAUUACCUGAAAAAAGGAUGGACGCAAAGUUUAUUGUAGCGAUGUACAAGGACGCAUGCAAACAAUACAACACGUUCCCCGUUUCCAAAUUUAUCCGUCAGUACCCAACGGGAGUCAUAGACCUGAAGCAUUACGGAGUCGGAGAUAAGGGUGCUUUGGCCCUAGCAACGGUCCUCAAGCAAGGAGAAGUGAGUUCACUUUGUCUCCAUGACAACGGAAUUGGUAUCGAAGGCUUAAGGUGUCUUAGUACGAUGUUGACUACCAAUGCUUGUAUCAAGAGUCUCGAUCUGUCUGGAAAUCCUGUUAAUAAGAGCAGCAUAGCUUGCCUCGGGCGGAUGUUAAGUGACAAUAUCUUUCUUUAUGAUUUGAAUCUGUCAACGUGCGGAAUACAGGGGAAGAACGCUGUUGCGUUACUCGAAGCAUUGCGUUACCACACUUCGAUAAAAACUCUCAAUUUAUCAUACAACGACCUUGGCCUCGAAGGCGCCACUUUGAUUGGCUUAGUUUUGCGUGACAAUAAGAGAUUGCAUUACCUGGACAUCAGCUGGAAUAACAUAAGAGACACCGACAAAAUAGCGGAAGGACUGGUUACAAAUACCUGUCUGGAAAUAUUGGAUUUAUCGAGGAAUGGAUUUGGGGAUCGCGGAGCGGAGAACUUGUCUCAAGCUUUGCUGCAGAAUCUAACGUUACGUGAAUUAAAUGUCAGCGGAGCUUGUAUCGGACUAGCUGGCGUAAAGCUAAUCGCGGGGAGCCUUAAACGGAAUAAGGUGCUUGAGGUUCUCAAGAUUGGUAACAAUCCAAUGUUGCCCGAAGGCGCGCAUGAGCUCCUCCGCUGCGCGAUGCGGAGCCCAAUGACUCUCGCGGAGCUCCAUCUCGACCAAGUCGUGCUUAAUGUCGAAUGUGAGAAAUCUCUAGACGACAUCUUUGAGCUAAAUCCAGCAUUUUACUGCAUCUCUGACGUUAGUAUAAAAGGCGGUGCUGUAACUUCCGGUAACCGACCGGAAAUAAUCGAUGUUUUCUUCUCGCACCUUAAUGCUCAAGAAUUACGUCUACAUGACUUGUUUAAGAUGCUUUCGAAUAACUACUCCGGAAGCGUGGUAAUGAAGAAGGAAGACUUUGUCGCUGGAAUGAGAAAGCUGAAGUUACCUAUGGGCGAGCAGCAGCUCGCUGCGCUGUUCGACACCAUAGACGAUGAUGGGUCUGGUGGGCUCACAUACCAGGAAUUCAUCAACAUGAAAAAACGCCGCCAAAGUCGAACGCGUAAGGGACUGGGAAAGACAGUUUUGACAAUGGUUGCAGCUAUGAAGUUGCGAGGGACUAAUUCGAGCGUUUAAAUUGAGACAAAUUGAAGGAACUUUACCAUUUGAAUUGUGCUUACGCUUUGUUGAAUUGUCAAAUUGAUAUUAUCCACUGACUUUCGUAACCCAAAGAAACCGAAACAUCCUAAAUUCUUUGGAAUAUCUUUACAAGGUAAAGCCUUAGUUGUAAAGCCUUAGUUGAAAUUGUUGCGUUACGGACGGUCCUUGUAAAAUAUUGCCGACAGUCACAACCGCCACAGUUUAAAAAAAAACUAGGUAAGGUAAAGCCUUAGUGGUAAAGUCCUGGUU